AGCACGUAACCUGGCCUGCAUCCAGGAAAUAGAGGACUUCGGAUCCUUCUAACCCUACCACCCAACUGGCCCCAGUACGUUCAUUCUCUCAGGAAAAAAAAACAAGGUCCCCACAGCAAAGAAAAGGGAAUAGGAUCAAGAGAUACGUGGCUGCUGGCAGAGCAAGCAUGAAUUCGAUGACUUCAGCAGUUCCGGUGGCCAAUUCUGUGUUGGUGGUGGCACCCCACAAUGGUUAUCCUGUGACCCCAGGAAUUAUGUCUCAGGUGCCCCUGUAUCCAAACAGCCAGCCGCAAGUCCACCUAGUUCCUGGGAACCCACCUAGUUUGGUGUCGAAUGUGAAUGGGCAGCCUGUGCAGAAAGCUCUGAAAGAAGGCAAAACCUUGGGGGCCAUCCAGAUCAUCAUUGGCCUGGCUCACAUCGGCCUCGGCUCCAUCAUGGCGACGGUUCUCGUAGGGGAAUACCUGUCUAUUUCAUUCUACGGAGGCUUUCCCUUCUGGGGAGGCUUGUGGUUUAUCAUUUCAGGAUCUCUCUCCGUGGCAGCAGAAAAUCAGCCAUAUUCUUAUUGCCUGCUGUCUGGCAGUUUGGGCUUGAACAUCGUCAGUGCAAUCUGCUCUGCAGUUGGAGUCAUACUCUUCAUCACAGAUCUAAGUAUUCCCCACCCAUAUGCCUACCCCAACUAUUAUCCUUACGCCUGGGGUGUGAACCCUGGAAUGGCGAUUUCUGGUGUGCUGCUGGUCUUCUGCCUCCUGGAGUUUGGCAUUGCAUGUGCAUCUUCCCACUUUGGCUGCCAGUUGGUCUGCUGUCAAUCAAGCAAUGUAAGUGUCAUCUAUCCAAACAUCUAUGCAGCAAACCCAGUGAUCACCCCAGAACCGGUGACCUCACCACCAAGUUAUUCCAGUGAGAUCCAAGCAAAUAAGUAAAGCUACAGAUUCUGGAAGCAUCUUUCACUGGGACCAGGAGAAGUCCUCCCUUUCUGGGCUUCCAUAACCCAGGUCGUUCCUGUUCUGACAGCUGAGGAAACGUCUCUCCCACUGUUUGUACUCUCACCUUCAUUCUUCAAUUCAGUCUAGGAAAUCAUGCUGUUUCUCUAUCAAGAAGAAGACAGAGAUUUUAAACGGAUGUAAACCAAGAGGGACUCCCUAGGGCACAUGCAUCAGCACGUAUGCGGGCAUCCAGCCUCUGGGGCCUUGGCACACACACAUUCAUGUGCUCUGCUGCAUGUGAGCUUGUGGGUUAGAGGGACAAAUAUCUAGACAUUCAAUCUUCACUCUUUCAAUUGUGCAUUCAUUUAAUAAAUAGAUACUGAGCAU